AUGAAGCAGAGCUCGCGGGGAGGAUUGGGGAGGAUGGCAGCGGGGCUGCUGUCUGUCUUGGUGGGCUCUGCGAUCGCCGGCCCAGAUCUUACGACAAAGCAUGAGAAGGGACGUUGCGCCAUAAGAGGACAUUGCGGGAAACAGGGCUUCUUCGGCUCCGAUCUGCCCUGUCCGGACAAUGGACUAGCCAAGAAGGCAGACGACAAGAUCAAGAAGAAGCUAGUCGACGUAUGUGGCGAGAAGUGGUCGGACACUGACGUGUGCUGUAACGAGGAACAGCUGGAUGCCCUCAGCAGCAAUCUCGGUAGAGCGUCAGGCAUCAUAAACUCGUGUCCGGCAUGCAAGGAGAACUUCUUCAACCUUUUCUGUACCUUUACGUGCUCUCCGGACCAGUCGCUCUUCAUAAACGUCACACAAACCGAGCCGAAGGGCGACAAAUACCUCGUCACCGAACUAGACCAUCUCGUAUCCAAUGAUUAUGGAUCGGGUUUCUACGACAGCUGCAAAGAUGUCAAGUUCGGUGCGACGAAUGGCAAAGCAAUGGACUUCAUCGGUGGAGGCGCAAAAAACUACACCGACUUCCUGAAGUUCUUGGGAGACAAGAAGUUGUUAGGCAGUCCUUUCCAGAUGAACUUUCCUCGCCCGGAUGCGAGCAAGUUCCCCGAUAUGGAACCAAUGAAUAAGGACGCGCAUCCUUGCAAUUCUACCGACCCGAAGUACCGAUGCGCAUGCUUGGACUGUGGCGGCUCCUGUGCGGAGCUGCCUCAGGUUACUGAAGCCAAGCAGUGCUACGUCGGCCUGCUGCCUUGCAUGUCAUUUGCCGUCAUCAUUGUCUAUUCUGUUUUCCUCGGCCUUCUUUGCCUUGCUGUAGCCGGCCAUGUGGCGUACCAGAACCAUUCGAAGAAUAAGAGCGAGCGAUUGCGUUUGCUACAAGAUCUCGAACCUAGUGAUGACGAGGAUGAAGGCGACAUCGUUCACAAUGUAGGAAUGCUCGACCGGCCAACGAAACACUAUUUUGUCAAUACAUGGUGCGACCGCAUGUUUAGCAGGCUGGGAUACGUCUGCGCGCGCUUCCCUGCUAUUACCAUUGUUACGAGCGUACUGGUGGUGGGCUUGAUGAGUCUCGGAUGGCUCAGGUUCUCAGUCGAGAGAGAUCCCGUUCGUCUGUGGGUAUCACCAGAUUCUGCCGCGGCGCAAGAGAAAGCCUUCUUCGACGAAAAGUUCGGACCGUUCUACCGCGCCGAACAAGCUUUCCUGGUCAACGAAACGGGAGGACCUGUACUAAGCUAUGACACCCUUGCCUGGUGGUUUGACGUGGAAGGCCGUGUGCAACGCAUGCAACCUUUCGAACAGGUCUGCUUCAAGCCGGUGAAUGACGCCUGUGUCGUACAAUCCGUGACUGGUUACUGGCAGGGCGACUUCGGCAAAGUUGCGUCGGAGCCGUGGCAAAAUUACCUGACCGACUGCGUUGAUAACCCGUCUUCAUGCUUGCCGACAUUCCAACAGCCUCUGGAUCCCCACUUGUUAUUUGGUGGUGUCAACGAAAGCGUGCUCGAUGCUCAGGCCAUCGUCGUGACCUGGGUCGUCAAUAAUUACCCCGAAGGCACAGACGAGCUUCAGCGUGCGAUGGAUUGGGAAGAGGACCUUAAGAACCUACUACUAUACGCCGUGCAGGGUGAGGCCAGAGAGCGAGGCCUGCGACUGAGCUUCAAUACAGAAGUGAGUCUCGAGCAGGAGCUGAACAAGAGCACGAACACCGAUGCCAAGAUCGUGGUUAUCAGCUAUGUUAUCAUGUUCCUGUAUGCGUCGCUCGCUCUUGGAUCGACUACUCUUACCGUUCGCUCGAUACUACGGAACCCGGCCAACGCGCUUGUCCAAUCGAAGUUCAUGCUUGGCAUCGUUGGCAUCAUUAUCGUUUUGAUGUCAGUUUCUGCUUCGGUCGGCCUGUUUUCCGCUGCUGGCAUCAAAGUGACCCUCAUCAUCGCGGAGGUCAUACCUUUCCUUGUCUUAGCUGUUGGUGUCGACAACAUCUUCCUCAUCGUGCAUGAGUUCGAACGCGUCAAUAUUAGCCACCCUGAGGGCACUGUCCCCGAGCGUGUCUCACGAGCUCUGGGUCGCAUGGGUCCUUCCAUUUUACUGUCUGCUACCACCGAAACGGUAGCGUUUGCGCUUGGAUGUGCAGUCGGUAUGCCCGCUGUGCGCAAUUUUGCGGCCUAUGCAGCAGGUGCUGUCUUUAUCAACGCCAUCCUCCAGGUGACCAUGUUCGUUGCUGUUCUAGCGCUCAAUCAGUAUCGAGUUGAAGACAAUCGCGCAGACUGCUUCCCAUGCCUUCGUGUGGGACGAGCUGAUACCAGUUACCUUAAUGGAGGCAUGGGACAUGGUGCAGGCGAAGAAGGGGGCUUACAGCGCUUCAUCCGUCGGACAUAUGCUCCAGCCCUUCUUGGAAAGAAGACGAAAGUCGCUGUCAUCGCUGUAUUCCUAGGUAUAUUCACGGCUGCCCUAGCUCUAUUUCCAGCUGUUGAGCUUGGACUUGACCAGCGCAUCGCGAUUCCUUCCGACUCUUAUCUCAUCCCGUACUUUAACGAUCUUUAUGACUACUUCGAUGCUGGUCCACCUGUCUACUUCGUUACCAAGGAGCUCAACGAUACCCAACGAGAGGCACAAAAGCAGCUCUGCGGGCGCUUCUCCACCUGCCACCAAGAGAGUCUUGCGAACAUCAUCGAGGCUGAACGUAAACGACCCGAGGUCUCUUUCCUUGCUGCCUCUGCAGCCAACUGGCUCGAUGACUUCUUCCUUUGGCUCAACCCCGAAAACUCUAAAUGCUGCGUCAACGACGAUGGUAAGCCAUGCUUUGAGGACCGAGACCAACCUUGGAACAUGACAUUGCACGGCAUGCCCAAGGGCGAGGAGUUCAUCGACUAUCUAGGCCGCUGGAUUCAGGCCCCCACAACCGAAGAUUGUCCACUUGGUGGCGCUGCUGCAUACUCCAAUGCGCUCGUCAUCGACAAGGAGCACCUCACUAUCCCAUCAUCGCACUUCCGGACCUCGCAUACCCCGCUCCAUUCGCAAGAAGACUUUAUCAACUCCUACAAAGCUGCCCGUCGGGUAGCGAAGGAAAUCGAGAAGGAUGUCCAGACUGAAGUUUUCCCUUACUCAAAGCACUAUAUCUUUUUCGACCAGUACCUUUCUAUCGUGCGUUUGGCCGGCGCGCUACUCGGCUCUGCCCUAGCAGCCACGCUCAUCGUAACCACCAUACUCCUCGGCUCCUUACAGACUGCACUCGUCGUCACGCUCGUAGUCGCCAUGACGGUUUCCGCAAUCAUCGGGUCUAUGGCUAUUAUGGGCGUCUCACUCAACGCUGUGUCUCUUGUCAAUUUGAUCAUUUGCGUGGGUAUCAGUGUCGAGUUCACAGCGCAUAUUGCGAGGGCGUUCACCUUCCCGAGCCGCGCUACCAUGGAGCGGGCGCCAAGGCAUAGGUUCCGCGGGAAGGACGCACGGUCUUGGACGGCUAUGGUGAAUGUCGCUUCUUCUGUAAUUUCUGGAAUCACGAUCACGAAGAUUUUGGGCGUGGGUGUUUUGGCGUGGACACGGUCUAAGAUCUUUGACAUAUACUAUUUCCGCGUUUGGGUCGCCCUCGUUCUUUGGGCCGCGACCCACGCGCUCAUCCUCCUCCCAGUCCUCCUCUCCCUCUUCGGAGGAAAGGGCUACAUCGACCCCGAAAGCGAAGGCGGUCUGGAACAGGACCUUCGUAAUCGUCAAUACCCAUCCUUAUUGGGCGAUGACGAUGAGUACCUUAGUGACGAUUAG